GCUGAUUUCCACCAGGAGGCACAGGCCCUGGGCGCCGUUUCGGGCCCUGGGCACGAUUUCCAGACGGCACAUGCCCUGGGCGCCAUACGUAGGCCACGGAUUAGGUUGGCUUUCAUUCAGUAUAGGACCUUCUUCUGCAGAUGUGGUGGUAUUGGGGAAUGAAGGUAACAGCGCUGAUGGUGCUUCAGUGCCGGGGGCAGUAGAUGCGACGCAUGUGGACGAUAGAUUGGCAGUGGAUGCGCUGUAUGUGGACAAUAGAUUGGCAGUGGAUGCGCUGUAUGUGGACGACAGACAGCUUGGCGGCGGGUAUGCAAACUUUUGUAACCGGGAGUCUCUGUGGGAUGGAGCUGAUGACAUGCCUUGCAAUCCAGUCAGCAUGGUUGAUGAGUGGACAUUCAGAAGCCUUAACGGGGGGGGGAAGAUUGGCGCGGAUGACGAUGAUUCCAUAACGGAGGGCAGAAACGGCGACUACAGCUACAUGGGAAGCGUGCCUGUUGCGCCCAAAAGUGGGUGGUUGGGGGGUAUCAAAGCGGUUGGCCGGGGUUUCCAGGAAUCGGGAACCAAUUGUGCAGAAGAUGCUGAUCGAAUCAAUGGUGGCAGUUGCUUUCGAGGAGUUCGGGGGGGGGGGAAUGCUGGGCCCCGGACAACACUGGCCUCUGUUACUGUGCAGGGAUCCCAACCGGUGGUUCCAGAUACGCAGCCUCUCCGGAACGUCCGGACCAUCCCGACAUCGGCAGUUGCUCCUGCCGUAAUCUCUGCUCAAUACGCUUCGGCCUCUAUUGUUGUGUCGGGGCCCAAGGUGCCGGUUGGGAUCCCUGCAUAUCCUGUUGCCCCUUCAACAACAUCAGACGCCAUCGUGGCAAAUAACCCUCCUAUGUCGCCGCGACGUCUCCCUGCAGACGGGCAACAGAUUUUGGCACCAAUGACUCCUAAAGCUUCAGCGCUGGAAGUUGUCAUGGGGGCGCCGGGCUCCCGCAUUGCCCGCCAAGAUGGAGCAGCAGGAGGGGUUGGGCAGAAAGAUCUGUCAUCUCAGGGGCGGGGCCCUGGUCAUCCCGCACCAAAGAGGGAACCUGAUGGAAUUGUGGUCCCACUGGACAAAGCCUCCGGCAAGGAGAAAAGGGAGGCUAGGGCAUCUGAUGACAUCCGUACACAGCUUGAUGGCGACUCCACCUGGGCCGAAACUAGGGAGAAAGUGCCAAAGGGAGCUUGGCUCGAAGAGUGCCCCAGUUGGAGCCUCUCUUCAAGAGCACGCAAGCUGAAAAGGGGAUUGCAGAGGGUUUCACGGAAGAGAAGAAGGUAAUAUCUGGAUCACUGCAUGACCUGUCAAUUUUUCAAAAAAGUCAUUACAGUAUUUACUCGUUAGUUACUAAGUAUUUAACUAAUUCACCUCUUCUCUUAGGGUUUCUUGCAGCUGCACAUGCGUGCUGUCAACAUGUGCUGCGGUGUGCUGCAGGACUCGGUGUUGUGCGCGGAAAAAAAAAAAAAAAAAAAAAAAAAAAAAAAAAAACCUUUCCGAUUUUUUAUUUUUUAUGAAUUCAAAUAAUACAAUUUCGAGAGAAGUGUGCCAGCCAAAACUUGCGCCAAAGAAGUUGAAUGAACCUUUUACAUCACG